CGUGAUAAGGUCGCCAUUAUUAAGAACAAUGUCGCAGUUUAUUGGAAAGUGGAAAGUAGUUUCCGAAGAGAACCUAGACGAACUCUUCGAGGCUUUUGGAGUUGAUCAGGAAAUGAGAUUAAAGGCAAAAGAGGGUCUGAUUCAACCAUUCCAAGAAAUAAACAUUGUGGACGACGAGUAUUUUAUGAAGACCACAAUCGGUCAUAUCUCUACUGAGGUCCGUUUCAAACUUGGCGUGACAUUCCCAAGUUCAUCUAUGGAUGGCAAAAAGAUCAUGGUAACAUACAGAAUGAAUGGAAGCACAUUAGAAGAAGUUCAACAAUAUGGCGAUCAUGAGGCAUUGGUCGCUCGUGUAGUCAAUGGCAACGAAUUGAUAUCUACGAUUACUGGGCGAGGAAAGAAAGCCAACAUUCGCUAUACCAGAGUAUAACCGAUAGCUGGUGAUACAAUUCAAUAGUAUAUAACAAUAGCAUGCAAACACAUGAUCCCCAAAUGUUAUGCGCGUGACUUCCAUGUUCCUCUCCGAGACUAGUAGUUUAAAUUGGUGGUGAAUUCUUGCGUGAAAUUUUGAUUUAAUGACUGAUUUAUUAUGCUUAUAUUAUGUUAACACUAGUGGACAAUAAAGUUUAUGCGAAUAAA